AUGAAGUUUACAAUUCCCAUCCUCCUCGCCCUUGCCACCAACCUCCCACCAACCCUGGCCGGCAUCGCCCCCACCACCGCCGAAGAAUGCGGUGACCUCGGCGUAAUGUCCUACACGGCCUCCUCCCUCGACAGCAACGUCGACCCCUCCAACAUCCGCAAGUGCAGAGAGCACCCCCUAACCCUCAAGGACGGCUCGUCCCCGAACCUGCAGGCCCGGGAGUGCUGGUUCGGCGAUAAAUACGGCUGCAGCAAGGGGUACUGCUGGGAGUCGUGCGACAGGAGCAAGGGCACUUGGUGCUGGACGGCGUGGAAUGGCGGGCACGGGAACUGGCGGACUUGUUCUGGCAAGGAGCAAUGCGCGCCCGCGGCGCAGUCUGCUUGUGGGAAGGAUUGCAAGGAUGCCAAAGAGUGUGGAUGUAGCUGUCACUGA